AUGCCGCAAAAGCAUUCUGAGAAUGUCGUUGUCAGUGAAAUCAAAGACUUCCAGCGCUUUCGCCAUAUACACUGGCGAGCACCAACUGUUAUGGGCGUUGGUUUUCUGGGCGGCGUUAUCCUCAUGGCAGCCCACCACGCCCUCUACCAGAGCCUGAGCGGGAACCCUGCGGACAGCGCUCUGCUGCAGCUAUGGGCGAUUCGUGCAGGCACAGCGCUCGCCUUCCUCUCUAAGCUGUGUCUAGCGAUCGCGACGGGAGUUGCGUAUGAUCAGUGGAUGUGGGUCAAGCUGCAUGCGAAGCCGCACGAGAUUGGCGUUCUGGACUCGAUGUUUGCAAUCCCGGGCAAUGCUUUCGAGUUCCUGGCUGUGCGCAUCUGGUGGCGACGUCCUGUCCUUACCUUUUUGGCAGCCAUCACUUGGCUCCUCCCCAUUUCUGCUAUCAUCACUCCAGUCGUCCCUCAGCGGUCCUUCACAAUUGACGGCAAUAUGUUCUGCGGCGUGAUAACCGACGGCAACACAACAUCUUAUGCUUCGAUGUCCACAGGCCUAUCCAAUCCGACAUUUGCCACGGUCCUUUCCAACCGCGUUCUUCCCCUCCAGUCGUCCAGCACAAACCUAACCUUCAACCUUCAAUUCUUUGGCCCCGCUGUCAGUUGCGAUAUGUCGAGUGAUGAAGAAUUUUCAUGGGCGAAAAAGGCUAUACUCGAGUACGAGGAGAUGACCAGCACGAGAGUAUUUUACUUUGGCUGGGCACCUCAACCUGGAUGGGGACCCGACGUGAAUGGCUCAUUCUUCGCAUCCACGGACUUACAGAUCGGGAACAAUCGACUGGAUUUUGUAUCCAAGGACGCGGCUCGUGUGUUUAUCUAUCUCAACACAACGGGUGUCGACGAGACCGGCGACCGAAUCCAAGACGUCAUCAACAAGGCAGAGGCCCAAAUGAUGACCUGUACGUUGUACAAUGCGUCUUACGACACGCAAUUCGAGGUCAAGAGCACUGGAGCACAAUUCGUCACCGCCUCGUUGAAGCUCGAGGCUUGGAUGCCUGCCCUCAGCUCAAUGGAGGGUACGCCGCAAGACGCGCGUGUCCAUCAACAGAUGAAUAUGCAAGCCGUCAUGGAAUCUUUUGUCAUGAUGAUCGGUGGGCCCAUCACAUACUCCAGAGACAUCUCCUUCCCGACGAUCAACUCUGUCUACGCUCUCGGGAUGAACCAGGCCUUGUUCUCCGCGCAGCCAGGCCUGAACCAAACGGCCCUGACGCUCCGUCAAGCCAGGCGGAAUGAGAUGCUGUUUCAGAACAUUACGCUGAGUAUGCGGUACGGUGUCGUCUCGGGAUCCACCGGCAACGACCAAACGACAGCCACGGCGCUGCGCCAAAGAUUCGAAUCACAGUUCGUGUACGACCCGCGUGCGCUCCUCGCGGCGUACGGUCUGAGCGCACUCUUCGCCCUAGCCUGUGUCCUGCUAGGCGUGCACGCGCUGCUCCACAACGGCGCCUCGUACACCAGCUCCUUCUCCACCAUCGUCAGAGUCACCCGCGACCCGGCUCUCUCGAGACUGAUCGCCGACGAGGGCGAUCUUCAAGGCGCCGAGCCCGUGCCGAAACAUAUUCGCAGGGCGGAGGUGCGGCUGGGGAGGAGCGCGAGGUCGGUGACGGCGGCGCCGAGCUCCUCGUCUAGCUGGAUUUGA